AUGCACCAAACUGCACUGCUGUUGGUGGCAUCCGUUGCGUUGCUGGCGACAUCUAUCGAAGCCCAAACCUCGACCAUCUCGAUGGGUCGCAACGACCGCAUCGUGGGCGGGGGGGCCGCGGGAGUCCACUACUCGUCCCUCUUGGCCAAGAAAGGGUUCACCAACAUCCAAGUGCUCGAAGCCAGCGACCGCGUGGGGGGAAAGUCCACCACGGCCCUCGACGACCGCAGUCAGCCCCAGGAAAUGGGGACUGUGUUCGCCUUGGACACGUACACGCCCAUCUUCGACCUCGGCCGCGAGUACGACCCGACCAACACCCGGUUUUCGUUUGCGCUUGAAAGUCCAAACUACAUGUACACGAUGGGGGAGAGCGCGGGGGCGGCCGACGCAGACCCCGACACCGUCCUAGACUUCCCCCACUACCUGCUCCGCUCGAUUAAGGAGAACGCCCCGGCGUCGUUCCCGAAAAAUGCGACCACCGCCCAACUGCAAGCCCUUUUUGAAGAGCAAUCCGCUUGGUACAUGGCCCUGCACCGCCGCAUCUUUGGCUCGUACGCGUACGGCCUUCCCCCCCACCCCAAAGACUGGUCAGCCAUCGACAUGAUGGCUAUGGCGUUCAUCAAGGCCAACAACCUCACCGCCCUCACAGGAAUGUUUCGGUUUUCGCAGCAGCAGCAGGGCUACGGGGUGCUGGAAACCAUCCCCGCCUUUUACUUUUUGUGGUGGUCGCACCCCCAAGCCGUGUCCAAGAUUCUGCGCGCCCAAGUCGCCCACGUGCCGUGUGCGUUCCAGUUUCGCAACGGGUUUCAAAGCAUCUGGAAAACCAUGUCGCAGGCCCACCGCAACGUGGUCAAGACCGUGUUCGACGCGACCGUGACCCGCGUCUCCCGAGGUCUGGACGGCGUGUCCAAGCCCUUUGUCACGUACAAGACCCAAGCGUCGGGCCAGACCAUUCGCGUCGACUGCGACCACGUGGUAAUGGCCGUGGACUUGAGCGCGUUUGCGACGCUGGUGACCGACCUCACGGCGGAUGAACGCGCGAUUCUCACGGGAAGCUACACGGCGUCGACGUUCGUGACGACGUUGUUCGACUCGCUGCCGUCGCCCGUGGAAACGGCGGCCCAGAUCUGGUACUACCGCAUGACGCAAGGCGGACGGCUGAGUGCGCUGCGCAACUCGAAGCUCACGCUGAAGUACCGAGGCUCCACCGAGUGGGGUGAUCUGAUCAAGGGCCACCAAACGCGCGUGGCGUACCAGUACUACGACACACCCCUCAGUCAAGUGGUCCGAGGGGGCGUCACGCCCCUGUUGAGAAAGGACUUGGCGCUGGCCGGCAUGAACCAGGUCGCCGUGUGGACGCAGCGGCCCUUCAACUAUUUUCCCCGAUUCACCCAAGAAGGACUCAAGAAGGGGCUGCCGAGGAAGAUCUGGAACAUGCAAGGCCAGCGACGAACCACGUGGAUUGGCUCGAGCGUGUGCUUUGAAAGUGCCCUCGAUGUUGUCACGUACAACAACAACCUCAUCAAACGGGUGCAAAUGACGCCGGCGUAA